AUGCCGAGAUGUAUUGAAGAUGAACUUUUUAUCGAUGUCCCUCAAGAAGAUAUUGAUGCAAUUGAUCAUCUUAACAAUGACCAAACGGUUGCCUUCAACACCAUAAUGUCUACUGUGGAUGGAAAAGAAAGUGCUUUGUUUUUUGUCGAUGGUCCUGGAGGAACUGGGAAAACGUAUCUAUAUCGUGCGUUGUUAGCAAAUUUAAGAAGAAUGAAUCAUAUAGUCUUAGCAACAACAUCAUCUGGAAUAGCGGCAAACAUAAUGCCCGGCGGGAGGACAGCUCGCUCCAGAUUCAAGAUUCCCCUGAAAGUACUACCUUCAUCCAUGUGUUCCAUAGGUAAACAGUCUUCACGGGCGCAAUUGGUACGAGAUUCCACUGCAGUUAUAUGGGAUGAGGCACCUAUGACAAAUCGAGAUGUCUUUAAAUUAGUUGAUCGAACUUUUCAGGACAUAAUGGACGUGGAACUUCCUUUUGGUGGUAAAAUAAUGAUUUUUGGGGGAGAUUUUCGUCAAGUCCUUCCUGUCAUUCCUAAAGGAACAAGGUCUCAACUCAUCGAAGCCUCGAUUAUGAGAUCAUCGUUUUGGCCAGAUACAAGGAUAUUGAGACUGAGGCAGAAUAUGAGAUCCAUAAAUGACCACCGAUUUGCAGAUUUUCUAUUACGUGUUGGCGAUGGGAGUGAACAAGUCAUACAUGACGACAUGAUAAGAUUACCAGAAAGCAUGGUGAUUCCUUGGCAAAGCGACCAAUCUAUCUUUCAAAUUAUUGACAAAGUUUUCCCAAAUCUUGGUGAUCACGUAGGAGAUGCAAGAUACAUGGUGGAUAGAGCAUUGAUCACUCCUUUGAACGAUGAUGCAGACAUGUUGAAUGAAAAGACGAUCAGUAUGUUUCCUAGUGAAGAAAUUACAUUUUACUCAUUUGACUCUGUAUCAGCCAGAGUUUUUAAAUUCAAUAACCGUAAGUGGUUCCUACCAAAAUUUGAUUGA